GGGCCGCGGGCGGCGGGCAGCCUGCGUGGGGCCCUAGCGCGGCGGGGCGGACGCUCCGGGCCCGCGGCCGGCAUCCCGGGCGGCCAGCAUCGCGGCCAUGGCCAAGGAGCGGCGAAGGGCCGUCCUGGAGCUGCUGCAGCGGCCGGGGAACACGAGAUGCGCCGACUGCGGCGCCCCGGAUCCCGACUGGGCUUCCUACACCCUGGGGGUGUUCAUCUGUCUGAGCUGCUCCGGAAUCCACCGGAACAUCCCCCAGGUCAGCAAGGUGAAGUCCGUCCGGCUGGAUGCCUGGGAGGAGGCCCAAGUGGAGUUCAUGGCCUCCCAUGGGAACGAUGCUGCGAGGGACACGUACGAGUCCAAAGUGCCUCCCUUCUACUACCGGCCCACGUUUUCUGACUGUCAACUCCUGCGUGAGCAGUGGAUCCGGGCCAAGUACGAGCGGCAGGAGUUCACCCACCCUGACAAGCAGGAGCCCUACUCCGCAGGAUACCGAGAAGGCUUUCUCUGGAAGCGCGGCCGGGACAACGGGCAGUUUUUAAGCCGGAAGUUCGUGCUGACGGAGCGGGAAGGGUCCCUGAAGUAUUUCAACAGAAACGAUGCCAAGGAGCCCAAGGCUGUCAUGAAGAUCGAGCAUCUGAACGCCACCUUCCAGCCAGCCAAGAUCGGCCACCCGCAUGGCCUGCAGGUCACCUACCUGAAGGACAAUAGUACCCGCAACAUCUUUGUCUACCACGAGGACGGGAAGGAGAUCGUGGACUGGUUCAACGCGCUCCGUGCCGCCCGCUUCCACUACCUGCAGGUGGCAUUCCCAGGGGCCAGUGAUGCUGAUCUGGUGCCGAAGCUCUCCCGGAACUACCUGAAGGAAGGCUACAUGGAGAAAACGGGGCCCAAGCAAACAGAAGGCUUCCGGAAGCGCUGGUUCACCAUGGAUGACCGGAGGCUCAUGUACUUCAAAGAUCCCCUGGACGCCUUUGCUCGUGGGGAAGUCUUCAUCGGCAGCAGGGAGAGUGGCUACACGGUGCUGGACGGACUCCCGCCAUCCACCCAGGGCCACCACUGGCCACACGGUAUUACCAUCGUGACGCCAGAGCGUAGGUUCCUGCUGGCCUGCGAGACGGAGCCGGAGCAGCGGGCCUGGGUGGAGGCUUUUCGGAAGGUCGUGGACAGGCCCAUGCUGCCCCAGGAGUACGCGGUGGAAGCCCACUUCAAACAUAAACCCUAACGAGAGAUGGUUCUGGAGGCCCGAGGGAACUGGACUCGCUGAAGUGGCCAUCGAGGAGGCAGCGGCCAGACUGGGGGGCUGGCAGAUGAAGGACCCGGCUUCCUGGCCCCGGCCCUAAGUGGCAGCCCCGGACUUGGCCAUGUGGGGCCUGAGCUUUAGCCACUAGGACCUGUUUCUCUGGAACCUCACUGCAGGCCGGCCGACCUGACCUCUGACCCCACCAUGCUGCCACCCACUGAUGUGACCCCUGCCACGCCCGCCCACCCACCCACCCACCCACUCACCCACUGAACCACCCUUCCUCUGAGGCCUAGGCCCGGCCUCCUGGCAGCCCCUCACCAACUCCCCUUGCCCCCUGCCCACCUGAGCAGGACCCUGCCCCUGACCAGGAGGCUGGGCCGUGGGGACAGCAGGCGGCCUGCAUGCCUCCCCUCCCCACCCUGCUCCUCCAAGUCCCCCUCAACAAGUAUUUAUUGAGCA